AGGGGUGUUGAAGCGUCGAAAGGGGGGAGGUCGCUGGUGUACAUGGUGACGGCGGACGGUUUGGAACCGUGUUUAGAGGUGGUUUUAAAGUGGGUUGGAUUGCAUCCGAAAGAUCGGAGGUGGAAAAUAUUUAUAUGUAUAAAAAUGCGUGUCAGUUCGAAAAAUAGGUGGAGGUGAAAAGGGAAUGGGAUAGAAGAGAGGACGGUUGUUGUUUCAGACGGCGAAUGGUUGGCAGCGCGAGCUCCUUGGGGAAAUUUUCCUCUGGAAAGUGAAUGGUGGCGGCAGCGGCAGCGGGGCGAGCUGAAACUUGUUUGAUGAAUUUUUACUUGUUCAACGAAAGGAACUGUCCUCGGUCCGCCCCAGCAUGGAGCGUAGCUCGUGAGAGGAUGAGCCAGAAAGGCAGCCCCGUGAAGGCUUACGACUUUCUGUUGAAAUUCCUGCUGGUGGGUGACAGUGAUGUGGGGAAGGGAGAGAUCCUGGCCAGCCUGCAGGAUGGAGCUAGCGAAUCGCCCUAUGGUUACAAUAUGGGUAUUGAUUACAAGACAACAACAAUUCUGUUAGAUGGGCGUCGGGUGAAAUUACAACUCUGGGAUACAUCUGGUCAGGGCAGGUUCUGCACCAUCUUCCGUUCCUACUCUCGAGGAGCCCAGGGUGUCAUCUUGGUCUACGACAUUACAAAUCGUUGGUCAUUUGAUGGUAUUGACAGGUGGAUCAAAGAAAUAGAUGAGCAUGCCCCAGGUGUACCUAAGAUCCUGGUUGGAAAUCGUCUUCACUUAGCCUUUAAGCGGCAGGUAUCAACAGAACAGGCUCAGGCUUAUGCUGAACGGCAAGGCAUGACAUUCUUUGAAGUUAGCCCUUUGUGCAACUUUAACAUCAUUGAGUCAUUCACAGAAUUGGCAAGGAUCGUGUUAAUGCGGCAUGGAAUGGACAGGCUUUGGAGGCCUAACCGAGUGCUAAGCCUACAAGAUCUGUGUUGCCGAGCCAUUGUUUCAUGCACGCAUGUACAUCUAGUGGACAAACUACCCCUUCCUGUUACCUUAAAGAGUCACCUUAAGUCUUUUUCUAUGGCCAAUGGACUGAAUGCUAGGAUGAUGCAUGGACGUUCCUACUCUCUAACUCCUAAUGGUGGCAAGCAAAGUAGUCUGAAGAAAUCCAAGAUCAUUCGUCCUUCCCAAAGUCCGACACAGAGCUGCAGUCGAAACAGCUGUAAAAUCUCUUAGCUAUGUCCAUGUGUUAUAAACGAACAUUGUAUAUCUGAUCACUACAUAUGCCACCUUGCCAUGCCAGUAUCUUGGCUGUUGCAGUAAGAGAACUUCUUCAACAAGUAGAAAUGAAAAGGGCCCAUAAACUGUUGGUUCAAAGUUUGCACAAGGGAGUAAGAAAUUAUGCUGCUAAUUUAAAAAGUGAUUGCAAAAGGUGUGUUACUCACAGGGAUCUCUGAUUCUCUGGACUGAUUGUUUAAAUUGAGAUGGGAACGAAAGUUUGUUUUAUCGUAGUUCAAAGUCAAUAUUAUACUUGUCCAUUUUUAUGAGAACCAGACAAUUGAAUUGUAUCUGAUUGAUUGAUUGUUUUGAGUAGAUUGGAGGAAUUAGGCAUGUGUGAUGUUGUUGAAUAUUUAAAGUUAUACUUGGAGUUGGAAUUUUAAUUGCACUGUAAGCUAUACUCUGUUUUCAAAACAUUCUUAAAUAUUGAAACCAGGAAAGGAUUCUUCCUGACAGUUGAAGGUCUGUUUCUGGGAAUGUGACUUGUCUUGACAAUUUGCAGCCAUCCAGAAAAUAACCUUCAAAUUUGUAUGUAAAAAUCAUAUGCUGAGAAUUAUUAUGAAUUUGUACAUUAAUCCAUUUUCAAGUUCCUCUGGUGGUUGUUAACUAUUGUGGAUUAAUACUAACUUGGUCAUUUGUAAAUAUAAUUUUCCUUGUGGGACUACAAUUUGUUGUUUUGUACAGAAAGAAAAAAAACACUAUUAAACUAAGAUGUAUAAUGCUAAGCUGACCAGAAAUGCCAAAGAUGAUGAUGGUAGAAAUGUUAACAGUAUGUGGUCAAAGAUUUCUGAGUUAAUUAUCCAUAAUGUUUUGUAAUUAAAAUAUCUUUUGGGGGAAAAUGUUUUUCUCACCAGAAGUGUACUUUAAAA